GGGAUCCGUCACCUGGAGACUCCGCCUUCCUAUUUCUCCCCGGCUGCCAGCGACUGAACUGAGCUGAGCGUUUGCGGGCUGCUGGGCAGGCGGUUGCGAAAUUCCAUUUUAAGGGACUUCCCUGGUGGCGCAGAGGUUGAGAAUCUGCCUGCCAAUGCAAGGGACACAGGUUCGAGCCCUGGUCCGGGAAGGUCCCACAUGCUGCGGAGCAACUAAGCCUGUGCACCACAACUGCUGAGCCUGCGCUCUAGAGCCCACCAGCCACAACUGCUGAGCCCACAUGUCACAACUACUGAAGCCUACGCACCCAGAGCCCGUGCUCCGCAACAAGAGAAGCCACCGCAAUGAGAAGCCCGUGCGCACUGCAACGAAGUGUAGCCCCUGCUUGCCGCAACUAGAGAAAGCCCAUGUGCAGCAACGAAGACCCAACACAGCCAAAAAUUAAUUAAUUAAUUUAAAAUAAAAGAAAUUCCAUUUUAAAAGACAAAUUUCAUUUUGAAAACAACCUGAGUGCAGAGCCAGAAGAGGAACCUAAUUACCCUUUUGUCAUCUUUUUCUCUAUAACAUAGGAAUGUAAUAGAAGACAUUUUAAAUUUUGUUAAGAGAAACUUCAUAAAAGGCUAUUACCUUCCUUCCUAAGUCAGUCCUUAUUCACUUGAGCUUCUGUUUUUUCAGCUCAGAUUCCAAAUGAAAAUGUUUGAGAACAUUGACUCUACAACUACAAGAUCUGGCCCGGAUCUUUGGGCCGAAAUCUGUUCCUGUCUGCCACAUCCUGACCAAGAGGAUAGUGCCAGCAAUGCUUUCUCAGACUCCUUUAUGGAUUCUUACCCUGCAGGCACAGGCCAGAGGGAGGCCCCAGACUUUGCUGUGCAGCCAGCUGUAAAGCCUUGGGCUCCCCUGCAGGAUUCAGAAGUGUAUUUAGCAUCUCUAGAGAAGAAACUGAGAAGAAUCAAAGGUUUACAUCAGGAAGUGACUUCCAAGGACAUGCUUCGAACCCUGGCCCAAGCAAGGAAGGAAUGCUGGGAUCGGUUCCUCCAGGAGAAGUUAGCAUCAGAAUUCUUUGUGGAUGGACUUGAUUCUGAUGAGAGGUGGCAAAUGUUAUCCAGCCAGAGGAAAAUCCUGGCCAGCAAAUCAUCUCAGACCCCACCUGAGACCUCAGAGAGGACGAGACAAAGAGAAAUAUUGGAUCCAAGCCCUGCCCAUAACAAGAAGCCCUAUAACUCUGGAAUGCCAGGCAGGAAUGGCUUUUCUGAGAAUGGAGCCUGGGACAGCCACCCAACAUGCUGAGUAGAGGUGGCUAAGGACAUUUCCAGACCAGCAGUCGUCAUGGUAACAGCCAGGGCGGGCCAGGCCGGGAUGUGCUGAACCACGUGGGCCUGACCUUUCUGUGGGUGUCAGGUUUGAGCGGUAGCUGGGGAAAAACAGCAACUGCUUCCCUCUGGCCCAGCCCUUGGGCUUCCGGGCUGGGCUGAAAGGAGAGAGAGAGAGACGGAGAACCGGGACAGCUGACAACAGAGUGAGAGGAAGGACAGAAGGGUAGCCACAGCCAUCUAGAGAAACCGCAGGAGAGAGGCACGGGAGCACAGGCACACACAUGCUCCCACGGCUGUCACCAAGGCUCCUACUGUGACUUGACCUGUGGAGGGCACCAGACAUCAUUCCUGGAGGCUCAGUUCACACUUUGCAGCCCGUGCUCUGGGUGGGUGGUUACAAAAGGUCAGUUCCCCACACUCAAAGAUCCCCUCCGGACUCCUUCAGAUCAAAUGUCACUUUUUCCAUACUGCAAACGCCUUUAUUGCUCCAAGGAAAAUAUGCUAACAUAAAAAAUGCCAAAUGAUCCUUUCAAAAAUAGAAAUAGAAAAUGCAAAAGUCCAAAGAAAGACACUCAAAAUAAAAGGCAUGUCUCUGUUUUCACGUCUGCCUUCCCACUGGAGGGCAUGGACUGGGUCCUAUAGAUUUGUGGAUUUCCAGAGGAUUGCUCACUGAGUAAUUCUUAUUGAUGUUGGUCCUCACCCAGAGCGGACCCUUGGUCUGGGGUGUGAGCUGAAGAAGGUCCCAGACUCCCCAGAGACAAUGGCAUACCUGCAUGGCAAUGAGUAGUGGGUAGUAGGUGUCAUGCCUCUCCUUUCCUGCCAGACCUCAGCCCCAUCCUGCUGCAGGUCCUGUAGUGCCAGGCUGGUUGCAAGACAGGGUAAUCUUCCCCUCUGACAAAACUACAGCUUGGCCCAUUGGCGGCCCAUGGGCUGGAGCAGCAACGCCUGGCUGGCAUCUGGGUGCUUUCCCCGAGCCCUGAGCAGCUAUCUCCUAUAGUUGUUCCCUCAUCCUGUGGCUUUACGGACUCCUCUUGCUGCACUAAAUAGAGCCCUGGAGAGCAGGCUCGGAAUAGGAAGAGAGGGUUGGGGGCCUCCUUCCCGUCUUCCUCCCUCUCCCUCCUCCUGGCUGGCUGCAGCUGUGCUGCGUGAUGUGGAGCUGAGCACAGACUUAAUUACCGCUCAGCCCUGCUCAUUAGCGCCUCUGGAAGCCAGAGAAGCCCGGAGUUAGGAAGUCUCCGUCACAGUGCUGGCCCGGGCCCCAGAUUUCCUGGGUGAUCGCUAGACCCACUUCUCUUGGAUUGGGUCUGUCUGACUUAGGCUCCCUUUUGGGGCCUCCAGUGGGAGAUGCCCCUCCCUGGGAUGGGGGUAGGGUUGGAACUGGAAGGAGAGGAGGGAAGGUUAGGCCCCCUCGUGGGAUCUCACUUGUGUGUGCAGAGCAUCGGGGGACAGCAUAUGGUGGAACAUGUGAUACGCCAAUGCAAUCAGAGAAAGACAACAAAUGAUUAAAUAAACCAAAUACACUCAAAUCCAGCACACUGAUGACUUACCUGCCUUCGAAGGAACUUAAGCGAGGAGGCUGGUGCAUUGUUCAGCCACUUUUUUUUUUUUUUUUGGGAAAUGAAAUGAAAUAAAGAACUAUGGAGUGCCUGAAUACUGAACAAAAAAGGGAAGCUGAGGGAAGGAGGAGAGGAGGGGUGGACCCUGGAAGUUAUAAGCCCAUAGACCUGGGUCCAAUACAUGGGAAAACUUUACAAAUAUUAACUUGUAAACACCCUAGAAGAUCAAAUGAGAUAAUACACAUGGAAGCACUUUUUUUAACUGUAAAGGGUUUUAGAAGUAUAAGGUGUUAUUAUGAAAUAUUUCUGCUCAGUGCAGACUGUUAACCAGAUUCUACGGGGAGGCUGGAGAUUUAUGAUAAUGGCUCAUCACCCACAAGGUACUCAUACAAUUUAGGCUGUUUCAUUUAAUUAGUUGUUACCUCUCAUAGAGAUUACUGCAGAAGACUUCUAAGUGGCUUCCCCGCCUCCACCUUCUUGCUCUUUCCCUUCAUCCUAUAUGCCACUGCUGGGGUAAUUUUUCCGAUGCAGAGCUCUGAUCAAAUACUUGCAAUGUUUCCUCUUACUGACUGCAUAGAGCCUGGAGACCUUGGCUUAGCAGUCAAGAUCCUCCAUAAUCUGGUUCCACCCAACUUUCCCAGCCUGAUUUCCCUCCUUCCACCCUGGUAGAUGCAGACUCAGGUCAUUUAUCCAAGACCACACAGAUACCAAGUGGCCCAUCCCCAAAUCAAGCCCUCAAAUCCCAGACACCUGAUGCCCAAACCAAUGCUCAUUCUAGCCCAUCACUUUUUCACUUUGAUGAAUAGAGCUGCAAUGAAGAUCUUUCUACACUGAGAUUUUUCUCUUCCUUGGAAAAAUUUCCUCAGGACAAAUUCCGAGGAGCGGGAUUACCAGGUCA